UUAUUUAUACAACAUCAAUUAAAAACUCCAAAAAGUAUUUACGAUUUUUUUUUUCACAAUUCCUCCUCUUGUAUUAUGCCCUAAGUUAUUAUUGUAACUAUAAAUACAUAGCACAUUCAAUUUUCUCUUCUUCUGUUCUUUGCUUCUUUCUCCCCUUUUGUCCUCCCCUGUUUCUUUUUAUCUUUCUUUGCUACCAUGAGCAGCAAAGGUGGCGGCGGCGGCGGCGGCGGCCGUGGAGGUGGCGGUGAGGGGUCAAGGGUUUCAAUCCCAGACAAUGUAAGGGAAACGAUCCAAAGCAUUAGGGAGAUCACAGGGAAGCAACACAGUGAUGAAGAAAUCUAUGCAGUCCUCAAAGAGUUUUCUAUGGAUCCUAAUGAAACUGCCCAAAAGCUUCUUUAUUUGGAUACAUUUUAUGAGGUGAAAAGAAAACGCGAUAAGAAAAAGGAGGAUCACCAUGGAACUAACGCUGGAGCUACUGACAGGCUAACCGGUUUAGAAGGGAAUGACUUAGACUUGCAAAAUCCGAAGAUUCCAAUUACUGCGGUUGCCACCAAUACACCCAUUGCCCAACUUUUUAUGCAAAAAAUUGAGGCAGACGAUGAUAGCAAUGUUUGCUUCUCAGACUUCACAGGCUUAGAUGGAGAGUACGUAAAAGUUGGGAGAUAUAGUUUUCCAAUCUCUCUGCAGCCUGUUGUAGAGAGAAUCAUUGCUGUCUAUGGUGAUGUCUCUGCAACAACUAAGAUGAACCUGUUUAUUGCUGAGGCAACAUAUAUUCUGUUCUGCGCUUCUGUCAAAGAGAUGGGUGAUCUACAGCUUGAGCAAGUGACUGAGGAUAGAAUAUUGAAGUGCAGAGAGAUGCAAUCAAGGAUGCUUUACGCAUUAAUUUCAAGGUGGACUUUGCCAUGGAACAUUUGAAGAAAAUUGCCUGUGCUUAUGUUAGUCAUAUCGAAAGCCAAGAGCUUGAGAGCUUGGGUGAAAGGAUCUCAAAACUGGAGGCUGACUUGAAUGCCAGAAGAGAGGAACUUGCUAAGAGAAAAGAGCAGUGCAAGAAGUACAUGGAUGCUGCUAAGGAGUUUAAUGGCAAGUCUCUCAGCCUAUUUCCGUAACCUGCAUAUAGCAGAUGUAUGUUAAUUCUUUUUCUGAGCAUGCUAACACAUGUUAAUAUUGAUUAUCAGCAUCCAGUGAAAACUUUUGAUCCAAGUUUCAUUUAUAGAACAUAUUGCAUAAAAGGUUAAUUGUUGUAUUGACAAAUUUAGAUAUGGUUAUUUGGAGUUCUCACCUUUAUCUCCUUUUUUUUUCCUUAAUCUCUUGAAAUUUCAUAUGUAUUUAUUAUUGUCACCAUGCUAAUUAAAAUAUUGGUUAAUGUAGCAAAACUCAAAGGUAAAGUUUGGGUUCGACAAAUAAAAUAAUAGUGAUCGUAUCUUUUCUCUUAUAAGAUACAUGAUUUUAAAAGACGAGAAUUCGAAUCCAGCUCAAAAAUAAAAACAGCAUACAUAACGUUCGAAAGCCAUAUACAUACAUGUAAUCAAGCAAACCACAAAGAUAAUUUAUUACAAGCUCUCGAAACGUAACAUGAAACGCUCCCCACCUGCUUAUUUCUAGCAAAAACAACAAACCCUUUUCUUAUAAUCUUCAAACAUCCAUACAACUAUCCAAACGUUGGGUCUCAAACUAAGACAUCCAAAAUUCUGACAAUACAGUACAUAAACACAUAUUAAAAAAAGCCAGCGGCAGCAGCUUACUUUGAUAUUUUAGCCCCGGAGCCACUCUUUGUCUUUGGUCCAACUUUAAAAUUGGAAAAACAUAUGGCCAUACAAGUCCUGCUCCUGGUAUUCUCCAUGAUCGAAAUAUCUUUCUUUUUCUCUUGUUCCUUUUCAAUCUCAAGAUUAGAGCAACAUAACAGGAAACAAGUCCUCUUCCUGUUUUUCUUAUGCUUCUUUUUCGGGCCGUCGACCAUGGGAUCAGGCCCCCGAAUCACCUGAACAGCUUUUGCCUCCUGAGAGGACACCGUGACGAUGUCUUUGACGUUUGCAUUUUCAGUGUAACCCAUGACUUGAUUUGCAUCAAAAUUUGCAGGUUCCUACAAAUUAGAAAAAUACAUACAUACAGCUUAAAUAUAUAUAAAGGGAAAAGUCAAAGGCUGAGAACAUUUCUUAGCAGAUAUUGAUCUUAAAAUUUUAAAACCA